AAGGCCGGUGUCUCUGUCACUGGGAUCACUUUUGCCCCCUAUCUGCUCUUCUCUUCUCUUCUUUUCACCUCACUCUUGUGUGUUGAGCCUCGACAAACACACACACCACACCAGACACAGUUUCCGCUUUCAAGACAUAUUUAUAUACAUUCGCCAUUUGUUACUCACUCACUCACUGUGACAUAACACUCUCACUCUCACAAUCCCCAAAACUCUCUAACUAGGGUUAGGGUUAGGGUUUCGCCCCCCAAUUCCCAACUCCCCGAAACUUUUCCCUUCUAAUGCGUCCAAAAUCCCAAAUUCUACCCUAUAUCCAACAAUGUACGGCUCCAUGAACGUUCCCAAUCAGAUUUCCGCCGCCGAAGACAACGGCGCCGCCGCCUCCGACUCCGUCGACAACCACCACCACAAUCAUUAUAAUUCCCACGGCCUCGAGGACGGUGCCGGCGGAGUCGUCGAAGAUGCCGACACCGUGUACGUUUCCGGCGGCGGAGGCCCCGACAUGUCUAUAAUUCCCUGUGAAGAUUCUAGCCAGCUCACGCUCUCGUUUCGUGGUCAAGUCUAUGUCUUUGAUUCCGUUACACCCGAAAAGGUUCAAGCGGUGUUAUUGUUGUUGGGAGGGUGCGAAAUGCCUUCGUCGGGUUCGCAAUGUGCAGAGUUAUCGCCUCAGAAUCAGAGGGGUGCAGUGGAAUUCCCUGGAAGGUGCAGUCAGCCACAUCGAGCUGCAUCAUUGAAUAGGUUCAGACAGAAGAGGAAAGAGCGAUGCUUUGACAAGAAAGUUAGAUAUAGUGUGCGUCAAGAAGUUGCACUCAGGAUGCAACGUAAUAAAGGCCAAUUUACUUCAUCUAAGAAACAAGAUGGAGCUAAUAGUUGUGGUUCAGACCAAGAGUCAAUGCAAGAUGCUGUUCAAUCAGAAACAUCAUGCACACACUGUGGCAUAAGUUCAAAAGCCACCCCAAUGAUGCGGAGAGGGCCAUCUGGUCCAAGGUCACUUUGCAAUGCUUGUGGGCUAUUUUGGUCAAAUAGGGGUACUAUGAGGGAUCUUUCCAAGAGAAACCAGGAACACACGCUUGCCCUACCCGAGCCGGUUAAUGAAGGCAAUAACACGGAUUGUCGAACUGCUGUCCCUGAAAAUAUCAAUGUUGCUGCUUUCUCUGAAAAUGAUAACGCAUCAUUGGCAACUGAUCGAUGAGUUUUCCCGUGACUGGAAAUGCUCGCCAUUGACUGGCAUUGGUAGGUUUUAUAUAGUAAAUCCAAUGUGUUCGACCUAUAGAAUGUACAAAUAUAGUAAAGCUCUCGUCAAUAUAAGAGGUCUAUUAUAAACUCUUUAA